UAUUCAGCAGCUAGGGCGGAGGUGCUAGGGGGGUAUGUGUGUGUUUCUGAAGCGUUUUGGAUUGGAGAUGCAGAGAGAAAGGGCAGUUUCGAGGAAGUGACGGACGAGGCUCAGGGGACUGGUCAGAGGAAGUUUGCUUGAUGGUGGUACCGUGCUGCUGAACCAAACUUUUCCCCCUUGAACACCAGCGGCACAGUGGAUCGGGGACGGACGGAUCCAGCGGCGGUGGGAGCUAUUGUUUGCUCGCCACACGAGCAGUACUGAGGAAUAACUUGAGGUCGGGAGAAAAAACAAAAAAACGGGAAUCGCAGUGGAAUUUCACUCCCGCAACCAAGCCCCCCCUUUUUCUUCUCUUCCCCGCGACUCCUCCGGGUUUUUUUUCUGGGAUUCGCGAUGGGGAAGGAGCAGGAACUUCUUGAAGCGGCGCGGACGGGGAACCUGGCCGCCGUGGAGAAGCUUUUAUCCGGGAAGCGACAGUCCGCUGGCACCGGCAGCGGUUUGUAUGGUACCGGUGGAAGCGGCAACAGCGGCGGGCACGGCGCCUCCUCUCAUCCGCUCUCCAGUCUGCUCAGUAUCUGGAGAGGCCCCAAUGUGAAUUGUGUGGACAGCACUGGAUACUCCCCUCUCCACCACGCCGCCCUAAAUGGACACAGCGAGGUGGUGGAGGCGCUGCUACGAAACGAGGCCUUGACUAACAUCGCCGACAACAAGGGCUGCUACCCUCUCCAUCUGGCCGCAUGGAAGGGAGAUGAACAUAUCGUCAAACUGCUCAUUCACCAAGGGCCUUCGCACCCCAAACUCAACGAGCAGAGCUCUGUAGACCAUAAAGAGUUCAAACGCUGUGGGCCCUUUGACCCCUAUAUUAAUGCCAAGAACAAUGACAACGAGACGCCGCUGCACUGUGCUGCUCAGUAUGGCCACACCCGGGUGGUGCGGCUGCUGCUGGAGGAGCUGACCGACCCCACCAUGAGGAACAACAAGUUUGAGACUCCACUGGACCUGGCCGCGCUGUAUGGCCGCCUGGAAGUAGUCAAGCUGCUGCUCUGUGCCCACCCCAACCUGCUCAGCUGCAACACCAAGAAACACACGCCGCUGCAUCUGGCCUCUCGGAACGGACACCUGUCUGUGGUGGAGGUGCUGCUGGACGCCGGCAUGGACAUCAACUACGAGACGGAGAAAGGCAGUGCUCUCCACGAAGCAGCCUUGUAUGGGAAGACGGAUGUGGUACAGAGACUUCUCAGUGCAGGUAUCGAUGUGAACAUCGUCGACAUGAAGGGCAAGACAGCGCAGGACACUGUUAAGGCCAUGCCCUCCCAGAAAAGCAGAGAGAUAGCUGCUUUGAUCCAAGGUCACAUGGCUGGAAUAGCCCCUGUCAUAGACCUCCCCCCUCCACCAAUCCCUCCACCUCAGGAGAGUCCCAGCCCACGUAAAAAGGGUGACAUGGAGAAGGUCAGUGAGCUGAUCUCGGGGCUGGCCCCGAGGCCCGAGGAGGAGAGCCCCUACGAGGCUCUGUUUGAAGCCACCUCCUGUCACUCUCUGGACAGCCUCACCAGCGGCAAGUCCUCUGACCGAGACUCUGGACGGCCGGACAGUGAAGCUGGCAAGAAAGAACGCCCGGUCCACUCAUCGCAUCCUGGUCCUGGUCAUGAAGAAGAAGUGAGCUCCGAGGCCCUGUAUACUAAUAGCAGUAUUGAUGAGAGAGGCGAGCCAGUGGAGGAGGAGGAUCACACGUAUGAGUUGUUGCUGACUGCACAGACCAAACACCCACCGCCCAGCCAGGAGUCCCAAUCCAAUAAAGAUGAGAACACCACUAUACAGUCCUCCACCAGUGCCCUACCUCAGCGUAAACCCACUGCCCCAAGCGACCUCAGAGCCCCAAGCAGGACGAAAGACACCCUGCACCCUCCUGGACGGGUGAGCCCACGGGCACCAGGAGAUAACUCGCAGCUCAGCCAGGAUCAGGGAGCAGGUGUCCCGGAGGUGUUCACUGGCCUGCUGCACGGAUCCUCCCCCGUCUUCGACAGCCGCGAGGAACCCUUCAGGCUUCCAGGUGUUGCGCCAUCCAGCCAGGUCCAGUCGGAAUCAAGAAAAACUGCCAAAGUAAAAGAGGAAGUAGCAGCAGCGGCACCGCCACCUAGCCGCCCCAGUAUGGCCGCCAUCCUGACAGACUGUGAUCCAAAAGCAAUUUAUGCAACUGUGAACAAGGAGCCCAGGGACUUGGGGACUGGGGCAGUGUGUGCCGUUCGGAUGCGCCCUCCUGGGGACCUGAAACUGGCACGCAGCCUCUCCAAGUCUGACUCCGACUUGCUGGUGUCGCCCCCUAGUGAGGAGGACGGGGGGUUGGGAAACCGAAGCGAGUCUGUUUCUAACUGUAGCACUGGCAAGAAGAGGCUUGAGAAAUCGCCCUCUUUCACCUCAGAAUGGGACGAGAAACGGACGACUUCUCCCGCCACAAAACAGCGAAGAUCUAAUUCCUUUGACAGCAUCGAGAAGAUCAUGACACUGAUUGGUGCCGGCAUCGAUUUUUCCAGAGAUCAGCAAUAUGCUACACCAGCAGGUGCUGCCGGCCGGCUGCUGGACCAGCCCGUGGGAGACUGGCUGGAGCACGUGGGGCUGCCGCAGUACGAGAGCAAACUCCUCCUCAACGGUUUCGACGACCUGCACUACAUGGGGACCAAUGUAAUGGAGGACCAGGACUUGAGAGAGAUUGGGAUCACAGACCCAAGCCACAGAAAGAAGAUCCUGCAUGCAGCACGUUCAUUACCCAAGGUGAAAGUGCUGGGCUGUGACGGAAGCAGCUCCCUCUCCUCUUGGCUGGAGAACCUGGGCCUGCACGAGUACUUGCACAACUUCCUGACCAGCGGCUACCGCACUCUGGACUGUGUGAAAAACCUGUGGGAACUGGAGAUUGUCAAUGUGCUAAAGAUCUCCCUACUUGGGCACAGGAAACGCAUCAUUGCUUCCUUAGCGGAGAGGCCCUAUGAGGAACCUCCAGUCAAGCCUCCUCGUUUGUCUCAGAUCAGGUGCCAAGACCUGCCUGGAUCCCAGACCUCGUCCCCCCUCAAUCCGAUGGAGUCCUACACAGGACGCUCAAUGGACCCUCUGCUGCCAAUAGUAGAGCCAGGGAGGAAAAAAGUCCAAGAUACUGACUAUGACGUUACCCAAAGAUAUCGCAGUGAACGACACAGACCACACGAACGGUAUGAAGAACGGCAUCGAGAGCCCCGUCUGACCCUGAGGCCUCCAAGUCUGGCAGCACCCUACACCCCGGUCCAGAACUGGCAUCAUCAACCUGAGAAACUUAUCUUUGAAUCCUGCGCCUACGAAGCCAGUUACCUCGGUUCGAUGCUUAUUAAGGAUCUAAGAGGUACCGAGUCCACGCAGGAUGCCUGUGCCAAAAUGCGGAAGUCGACGGAACAAAUGCGAAAAGUCCCUACCAUCGUCCUCUCGAUCACCUACAAGGGUGUGAAGUUCAUCGAUGCAGCCAAUAAGAACAUCAUCGCAGAGCACGAGAUCCGUAAUAUUUCGUGUGCAGCGCAGGACCCAGAGGACUUGUGCACAUUUGCCUACAUCACCAAGGACCUGCAGACCAGCCACCACUACUGCCAUGUGUUCAGCACAGUAGACGUGAAUCUGACCUAUGAGAUUAUACUGACGCUCGGCCAAGCGUUUGAGGUAGCCUAUCAGCUGGCUCUGCAGGCCCAGAGGACCAAACGGCACCAGAACCUCCCAGUGGGACCCGGUUCAGAGGUCAUUGAAACCAAGUCCAGCAGACCUGUACCCAAACCGCGAGGCAGCGUACGGAAGUCGUCGGACUCUCCUCCUCUCGACAGUCGUUGCUGUUACCGUUAUACCUGCACCACCCAUAGUCCGUCCUUCCUACCGCUGCACUCUGCCACCCCUGCCGCCCAGGGGGAGAUCGUGGAGCAGGAGGGGGAUUCUCAGUCCCAGAGCAGCGCCACGUGGCUCGUGGACCCCAAGGAAUCCAAGCGCACUAUCAGCACUAACUGAACACUGUGGCCACUCCCACCCAGUAAGAAAGGACAGGAAUGAGCCCUGUUGCAUGGUGGGUAGGAUGUUUAGUGACCCACUUUGCAUGCAGCAGAAUCACAUCACCAGUUGGAUCAACCUAACCACAGUAACACACGAGCCUGGAGACAAACAGACGUAGCUUUCAACACUACAUGGGCCACCGUUAAGUAAAGUAAUGCUUGCCCCAGAGUCAGAUGUAUUUGUUGUGCUUUAUGCAUUUCCUGAGAAAUGAAUCGUUGCCUCGUAACACCAAUCAGGCCUCCCUCAUAGAGGGUUAGUGUUUACACUUUGAGGAAAUGUACCUACGAUGUCACAGUGCAGAACCUGUAGUUUAAGGGGAAGUGACUGAGAUGAGGAACAUUACUGUUAUGGUACAAAGGUACAAAUGAUCAGACCGAGAUCUCGCACUGUAUGGACACACUCAUUCCUGGAUUAUUCGUCCUGUAUCCACACAUUUGUAGCGUCUCUACAUGACCAUCAGCUUGUCAUCCACAACAUACAUGUGUAACUGUAAUAAACAAUGUAAUCUUGCAGGGGAGGAGCUCUAACCAAACUCAAAAGGGCAGAGGAACUGACAUUACAAAAAUUCUUUUAUAAUAGUAAUAAUAAUAAUAAUAUAACGGGGUGGUUUUUAUUUGAUUUGAAAGUUUUUGCUGUAUGUUUUAAUUGUUUUUAGGACGAUGUGUCCUAACGCUGGAACUGGAUCAGGUGUGGUUCACUGCAGCUCUCUCUCUUUCCCUGCUCCUUUUGUUCAGUUAAUCUAGACGAGAAUAUUAACCAAACCUGCCAUGCAGGCUGGUAUGUCUUUAGAUAUUAGCUGCAGAACAGAACAAUAAGGCACACAGCAUGCUUCUCUUAGCUAACUCCCAGUAUGUUGACCGUUAAUGGUACUCUUUGGUCAGCCGAUGUGUAUAUGGGUAGUCUGGUUGUUUUGAUUUAACUGUUGUAUAUGUGGUACGUUGUCAGGCCAGUACGAUAACUCUAUGGUACACUGUCUUCAGCUCGCUGGUGUCGGCACCUUCGGCCAUCAGCCUGGUCCCGUUCUGCUUUUGCACAUUGGUAAGAAUCAGGAGAGAUAUUUAGGGACUAAUCUGAUGACAACAAUGAUGAGAAUGAUAUUGUACAUGAAUCUAGCGGUCUGUAUUUUGAUACUUGAAUGAUUUUUGCUUUUAUAGAUAUAUAUAUAUAUAUAUAUAUAUGUAUAUGUAUGUAUGUACGUAUGUAAUUUUUGACGUUUGUCAAAAGAGAGAAAAGGACUAUGUCUUAUAAAGUUAAACAUAUCGUGAAUAAAUACCCUGUGAUUUAAAAAAAAAAAAA